AUGCCGGACUCGUUCCGAGGUGUUCAAGCAGAGUUGGUGCUCGGUGUGGACGAAGACGCAGACGAAGACGAGUGGCAAAAAGCUUAUCAAGAUCGUCAGCGCGACUGCGACCCAAGCAGGGUGCCGGCAGAGACAUCGGAGGCAGCAGAAGAGGUUUUGCAGGCCCUCGAGUUUGCGUACGACUUCAUGGAAUCGAGAGCUGACGCCGCUGACGCCCAGCCCGUGGUCCACCAUGUGCAAGAAAUUCGCGAAACAGGGGGAGCCGCUUUCAGUCCCGCCGUGUUCCGAAGCCUUUUCGUGCCUCGCUCUCUUCCCGGGAGCUUGGAGGAGCGAGCCGACGAAGAUGUGAUUGCAACCUUGGCCCAUGUUGGCCCCACGUGGGUUCUGCCCAUCCAAGAGUUUAUCUUCACCCUAAUCCAUGAAGUGAGUGUGUCACAUGUGCGGGACGCAGUCUCUGCUCUUCCCGCAAGAGCAGCCGUGGCAUUCUGGAUACGCGAACAGAAUGCAGUGUUGCACAUAGAGCGGCGUUCUCGUGAUGUAGCGAGACUCAGCGCCUGGCGUGUGCAGCUACCUCUAGCGCAAGCUAUGCUUUCCGAGCCCUGCUGCAUGCAACUGCCUGCUGCAGCAACCGAUGUUUCCUGGGGCGUCGUCGACCAUGAGGACUUCUAUCGGCUUGUGACGGAGUUGGCUCAGCAAGAGCUUCCAGACGCUGCACCCAAAGCCGCGGACGUCGAGGAGACCUGGGAGCCUCACUCGGCCACGUACAUCUUGGACUACUUGCUGCCAGCUUGUGGAGGCGAGGUCGUUGUUCUGGCGGAAGACGACAGCUCCUAUGUCUGGGAGCAGGUCUUUGACGAGGUGCGCUACUCCCACGGUGCUGUGCCGGAGUUGCCCCGGCGCGUAUCGCGAGCUUGGAGAGCUGCGAGGACAGCUCUGCAUGUCGAGUGCUGUCGCAGCGCCUCGACGACAGAAGCGGGGGAGCUCAUGUACCAGAUAAUGUUGCUGCAAAUCAACUUGCGUGCCCUGAAGCAUGUGAGACUUAUGGAUGUUGCGGAUGCGACCGUUCCAGAUGCUUCAUCGCAGAUGGAAGCCGCUCGAAAGAUCGUACUGCAAGCUCGCGAGCUUGAGGCUCAGCGGGAGACUUCGGAGAAUGAGCAGUUGCGUGAAUCUGCGAGGAUGGCCAUACAGGAUGCCCGGGAAGCUGCAGAGGCCACGCUGGGGAGUCUUCGAGAGGCGUGGAGCUCCCUGUCGGAGAACGAGAUACGCUGCGUGGUACAGCCAGGGUCGCUGCGCUUUGAUCCGGACAGGAAGCACAAGUUGCAGCACUCAUCUCCACACAUCAAGAAGUUGAUGCUGAAUCCUGCGCCGGCAGGGGACUGCGAGGUGGCGGACCCAUUGUGCGAACCUCGUGCUGAAAAUCGGUGCUUGUCGCACGCGACGGCGCUGGAGGCUGCGAAAGAAGCGGAGGAUGCAGAUUUGGUAACCGCCUUGUUCGAUGCGGAGAGGUGGAUCCUUUCGGCUUGGGACUCUGCUGUCACCAUCCAUGCGCCCGAUUUUCGUCGCCUUCUCACCUCCUACAUCGACACAAGUGGUGCGCUCUACGACCAAGAUCCUCAGGGACAAAGUCGAAGAAUUCUCGUCGUGGCCACAAUGGUGCUGAUGGUUGACAGAGCUGCUUGCGCCCAGUUCCCUCUCUUGAAAGAACAUUCUUUGGGCAUAGACAUGAACAUGCUGCAUGACAUCCUCGCUCCUCACCUGCAUGAACGACAGAUUCUCCACGCGUUGGAGGCAUACGCUGAGCAGCGCGACUCUGCUGCCACCUGCCCAAGCACAGCCGACCCGUGUGUUUCAGACGAGAGCUUUGGUGUGAAGUUUGCAAAAAGCAAGCUGCAGAGUGUCCAAGCAGCAAUCCAGCAGAAGUGCGAAUGGAACCAAGUGAAGAAGAAGGAGGAGGUUGAAGCCGCCGAAAAGCGCCACUCCGAUUUGUGCAGCCGUGCGAAGGACCGGGACAUCCUUGCAAGUAGCAGAGCGUGCGAAGAUGAUGUCUGUCGCAACGCGUACGGUGGCACCUAUGAGAGGCAUUCAUACAACUGCUGGAAAUGCCAGCAGCAUCGGGCAGCGGACGAGUAUCGGUCGCAGGCGAAGCAGAUACAUAUCAGCCUUUAUGAAAAGCUGUUGCCAGAAGAUCAGCACAAACAGCACGCAGUUGUUUACGAGCUGCGGCAGCCCGACCUCCUUGCAUUGCAGCGGGACGCAGUUCUUCUCUUUGCUCGGGAGAUCGGCGUCCCGCAAGGUUUCUAUUCUGGGCAGAAACAAGCUCUAUGGAAUGAGGAUCCGUGCCUGCAGCAGUGGCGAACCGUGGAUGUUGUGGCUUUUUCGCUGGGCUCGACUCGGAGGAAGUUCUCUGAGACACAUUAUCGGCAGGCGCAUGUUCUUUCGCAUCCCAGCUUUGUCGUUCCACAUGGGUACAACUGCGUGUUGGCUGGUGACAAGUCAGAUGAGAAUGACAACGAGCUCGUCAGUGCUACCCUGACCUGGGACGCGGAGCCGUUGGUCAAAGUUGUCACAGAUGAUGUGCGGUACAGGGUGCUGGAUAAGCACGUGUCCAGCUGGAAGCGCAACGAGAACCAGGCCAUCGCGCUGAAGUCAGAGGCACAUGUCGACAUGUCGUUGCUGGAAUUCGAGACAUUCGGAGGCUAG